AUUUUUUACGAAGACGAUGAAACCGAAAAAGCGAGGGCGAGCUCCCAGCCUUCCCCGCGUAGGAGACGAGUGCAGGUCGUGGGGGAACGCGAAAUCUCCCUCCGCUUUCGCCUUUAUAUCGACUCCCUCCGCGCCCUCCCUUCGAUCAUGUCGGUCGAUUCGAUUCCGUACACAUUCGCGUCCUUUUUCCGUGCUGUACUCGACUCGCCUAGGAAUCUCCAGCCAUGUCUGCGCAGGAGGAGGGACGGCCAUUGCCAAAAUUUGGGGAGUGGGACGUGAAUGAUCCGGCCUCAGCCGAAGGAUUCACUGUCAUAUUCAACAAGGCUAGAGAGGAGAAGAAGGGUGGAGGAUCAGCUGAGAGUGUGACUUCACAGAGCAAGUACGGUGGUUCCUGUAAGGAAAACGAUAAACGCAAGUACUCCAUUAAGAAGAAGUGGUUUUGCUGCGGUUGAAUCGGCCCUCUUUGCAAAGGCUGAGGUUAGCCAAGAAUAAGAAAGGAUUCAGUACAAGCAUGCUGUAGGCAACUGCUAUACGUAGUCAUUUGUCUCAGAGUGAUGAUUGAUUAGCAUUAGUUUUCUCUAUACAGCUCUUUUUCUUUCUUCUUUAAAUUAUAUGUUUUGGUGAGGAGGCACUUGUACAGAUUGGUGUCAGAUAAUGAUAAUCAGUAGAGCAUAUUUAUGGAAAUAUUUGGAGGUGUUUUGAGAUUUAA